CUAGACCCCGCCUUCAACCUGGUUCUAGGGUUUCUAUCGCGCAAAGAAAGGAGGCACCUGAUCGAGAACUCGAAAGAACCGCCAUGGCUAGAAUCAAGGUUCACGAGCUGAGGGAGAAAUCGAAAGCUGAUCUCUCGAGUCAGCUGAAGGAUCUGAAGGCGGAGCUUGCCCUCCUCCGCGUGGCUAAGGUCACUGGCGGUGCUCCCAACAAGCUCUCCAAGAUCAAGGUGGUGAGGAAAUCCAUAGCGCAGGUCUUGACAGUGAUCUCGCAGAAGCAAAAGUCUGCUCUGAGAGAAGCGUACAAAAACAAAAGGUUUUUGCCACUCGAUCUCCGACCCAAGAAGACAAGAGCUAUCAGGAGGAGGCUCACCAAGCACCAGGCAUCAUUGAAGACAGAACGAGAGAAGAAGAAAGAAAUGUACUUUCCCUUGAGAAAGUAUGCCAUCAAGGUGUAAGGCUUUCUUUUCUUUCCCUUUUGUUUUCCCGGAAAUUUGCCAACUAAAAUCAAGCUCUCGUUUUUUUGGGGGAAGAAGAAAGAGCUUCAAACUCAAGAAACUUCUAUCAUAUAUAUUUGAAUCAGAGAUUUGAUUAAAGGGUGUUUUCUUCAAAUUCUUUUUUAUAAUUCUUCAAGUUGGUAUCGGCGUUUCCCUUUC